AUGAAAACGCUUUUUCUUUUGUCGUCUUUGAUUUUACUGGCUUACCCCCUUGUUCGCGUCAAAGCUUUUCGACCUCGAAUAAACGUAGGAGGACGGGAAUCGACAUCAUUUGCUCAUGCAUUGAUAACGAAGCGCGGGUUUUUGAAGCCUCUCAUUUACUUCUUUCGAGAUAAUCCGCAGUAUUUGAAAGAACAGCAUCUGACAAGCUUUCUGCUGGAUAUUCUAUCGUCUGAUUCACCAAAUGCCUUGGAAGAAACGGUUGAUAACAUAACUCCACAGAUCAAGUUCCUGAAUGCUUUGAGCACCAUUCUGAGCGCCAACGCUGAAGUUGAUUCAUUUCCUCUAAGCCGCUCGGCUUCUGCACAUUUUGACGGUGAGCAGUUUAGGCAAGGAAAUGCGCGGCUUAUCCAGUUGCGUCAAGAACUUAUAACAUCGCUUCUACAAGGAGACAAACUACAACAUGCAAGAAAUCUGGCUGGCACUGCCUUGCACACUCUGCAAGAUUUUUACAGUCAUUCUAACUGGAUAGAACUCGGCAACUCAGGACCGUACGGAGUAUUAGGCAAACCCGGAAGUGAAAUCCGACUAGAGUACAUUGCAGGCCCGACAGAAGCAACAUGCGAGAACUGCGAACCAGGAAAUUGUGAAUCGAAUUUGAUCACAUUGAAGCUCACGAGCGGAUAUCGGUCAGGACAAGACGUCAAGAAGCCAGAGAAUAUGGGAAAAUGUAGCCAUGGUGGGACAUUGGAUGAGAGCCGUCUGAAGCCAGCAACAGGCGGAAUAAACAAAAAUACUGCUACUGCUGUGGAGUCACCCCACGCAAGGUAAGAGCUCUGAGAAGAUUCUGACUGCGUUGGCUUAUAAGCCUUCAUUACAAUUUGCCGUUUUACAUAAUUUGGGCUAAUAACCAGAUUCAGUGGUGGUUUCACAGUUUCGCUAUUCAGAAUUUCCUGAAUUGGUGGAAGGCAAAGGAAAAUAAAUUAUUAUUAUUUUUUCAGAGUCGUGAGCCAUGGUACCCAAUUUUGGAAUAAAUUUUCUCCCUCGUUCACUUUUGAAGUAAUUAUCUUGCGGGUGUCAGUUAAAAACGCUGAUUCGAGGUUGUUGUUUGUUUGUGUGUUUGUUUAAAAAAAAGUGCCAGCGCUGUAACGAUGACGCACAAGGAAAUGACUUCAUAAUAGAGGUCAUGCAAUUAUUUUAAGGCGAUCGGGCAAGCGCUGAAUCGGGGUCAAGGUCUUUUUAUUCUAUUGUUCAGUGUUUUGUAGUAAGAGACUUAAAGAUGAUGAGAAGCAGUGAUUUAACAAUAGAGGUCAAUUAUUUUAAGACUCAACUGUAUAUUGCUUCUAGUUUAUUAUCGCAAUUUGAAGGUUUCUUUUCGGCGCCAAUGGAGUAAUUAUACCCUUAACGAAAAUUCUUGUAGAGUGUUGGAAGGAGGGUUGUAAAAAACGCAUUCCACGGUCAUGUGGUUUCACGCAAAGCAUUAUAAAGCUGCACAUCUGGAGAUGCAGAAAAUUUAAUUUGCAUAAGCAGUCUCAUUUUUCCACUUAGACACCGCAAAAUUCAGAAAAUAAGCCCCGGGGCUUAUAUUUUUCAAAAGCGAUUUUUGAGGGGCAGAGUUUUGAAGGGGCUUAUCUACGGAGGGAAAUUUGCGUUUUAAAAUCGAUUGGGCUAGCCUUAUAGUUGUAAGGAAAUUUACCGUUUUUGCUUUGUUUUUCUUUGUGUUUGAGGGCAAUUUCCAAGUACAAGCCCCCGGGAGGUGGGGGGGCUUAUAUUUGGAGGGGCGAUUUAAGGGAGGUUUUUUGCGUUACGAGUUUGGGGUCCUUAUAUUCGAAGGGGCUUAUACAUAGAGGGGUUUAUUUUCGGAAUUUUACCUAGAUAACAAUCGCGCGAAAGUCUGCUUCAUGUCCAUAUUAUGUAUUUUAGUGGACUGUCUUUUCUAAUGUUUAUCAGUGUGGCGCUUCAUGGGAAAGUAAUUGUACUUUAGUAUGAACAUCUUUGCUUGCCGCUCUCGUCUAGAAAACCGGUCAGUUUUCAGGGGCGGAACCCCCCCCCCCCCCCGCUGAGAUUACCUGCGGCUUUCAAAUACAACUGGUAUUCUGCAAAAAGUAGUAAAACGUUUGUCGUUUAUUGGUAUUGAAGUAAAACUUGAGACGAGGUUGAUAUGUUGCAUUGGUGCUAUGUAUUCUCAGAGGUUCACAUUAUGUGAUUGCCUCGUCAAAAGCCUUCCUCGUACUCGCUUUUAAAAUUUGUUUACGCCACAAAUCGGUUACGUCGUUCGUUAGGUAGUGCAACACCCCCUAAGAAAAAUCCUGGAUCCGCCCCUGGUAUUCAUCGAUCCUAGAUCCACACCUUGGUAAUGAUGAUACAAUUGCCUUAAAAGCAAUAGCUUUCGAAUACAACCGCAGGGACGGAUAUAGGGGGAGAGUGCAGGGGGUGCGCACCCCCCCCUGAGAGGACCUACGGUUUUCUAAUACAACUGGUAUUCUGCAAAAAAAAAAACUAU